AUGGCAACCCAAGGAGAUUCAGAGCUCCCUCCAGAAGCAAUUGCUUUCGCAACGAGGAUUUACGAUGCUGCUCGAGCAGGACAGAUGGAUAUCUUUCAACAGGCCUUACCGGCUGGUUUACCAGCGAAUAUGAUGAACGAGAAGGGUGAUAGUCUUGUCAUGCUCGCAGCCUACCACGGCCGCCCUCAGCUCGUCAAACUCCUCAUCCAACACGGAGCUGAUCCAAAUCGAGUUAAUGAUCGAGGACAGACGCCGUUAGCGGGUGCGGUAUUCAAGGGCGAGGCGGAGGUUAUUGAGGCUUUGUUAGAAGGAGGAGCAGAUCCGGAUUAUGGAACGCCAAGCGCCAUGGAAGCUGUGACUUUGUUUAGGCAAGAGGAGAAGUGGAAGGCGAGGUUCGAGGAGGCACCUGGGAGGGGAAAGGCUGUCAAUGGAGUUUGA